AUGUACACUCCGAAUACGAAAUGGACAUGGGCUUUCAUGCUCAUUGUCCUGGUGCAGGCGCUGGUGAGCCUGGCAAUCGAGGCAUAUGUGUUUGGCGAGUUCCAGGCGAGCUUAGGGCCUGAUCCAGAGGGACGCCGCGGCGACGACGAUGAGAAUGGCACWUCACCAACAACCACAAUCCCAACGUAUCUGGCGCUGUUCAUUUUCGGGUUCAUCUACGAGCUAAUUCUGGCAUGGGAUGCACUGCGCUUGAAAAACACCAUUCAGGUCAUUGGAAUCUGCAUAUACAACCUGGGCAUGCUUAUAUACUCUUCCGUACAGAUGGACCAGGUUGAUACAGCCAUUCAAGAUCUGCUUGGAGAGGGCCAGAUUGAGCGCGACACCUGGAGUCAGCUGCGGCCUUUCCUCAUCGCCGCACCGUGCGUGAUUGCCUUGGGGACCGUUCUGUUGGGAUGGGUGGCUUACAAGCUCUACAAUGAGUUCGCCUGGACCAUUUACAAGCACAUCUCGGCAGACUUGAGAUUAAAGCGGCGCUACCUCACAUAUCAGAUUUACAUCGCCCUUCUCAAGUUCGACUUCUUCUUCUUCCUUGGCUUCACCAUACAAUUCGUGGUCGUCGUCGUCAGCCACGACGGGCYCGAGUUCUACCUCACCAUUGCGGCUAUCCCCGUCACGAUCAUCAUUCUCUUCCUCGCAGCCUACAUAUGUCGAGCCGAGUCGAAGGUGGGACAGGCUGGAAUCAUUGUCAUCUACUUCGCAGCCAUGGCCUAUUUCAGCUUCAAACUCGUCAGAAUGUACACUCCUCCCAGGAUGAAGGACUACGCAGCAGCGAGAAGUUCCCUCACGACCUUCGCCGUUCUGACAUUGCUCCUGCUCGUGGUAACAAUUGCAGCCGCAGUCAUGUGCAUGAUCAACUUUGGCAAAGGAUUGAAACCUCAUGUGCAGCGAAGAAAGGUGGUCAAUUCCGGCGAGGUGCCUGGGUACGAGGGAGGUGUCGCCGGGAAAUGGGCGGACGGCGCACAGGGCUUCAAUGGGCCUCCGCAUCCACUUGGACAGGUUCCGCAGAGAAUGACUAUCGACUGA